AUGGAACUAAGUGGUGAAGGGGUUGACCUCGCGGACAUGGAAUACGUAGUCAUAAACCAGGGAAAAGACGCUUCUUCUGCCACAUUGGCAGGAAAGGAAAAGGGCAUGUUUAUAAAUGAUAUAGAUAUUGAGCCUGGUAAAAUUUGGACGGUCGAUUACAACAGCUCAACAAAGGGUUUGGCGUUUGGGGUUCAGCCUUAUAUGCGCUACCAAUCGCCUUCAUCCAUGGGCUACCCCUUCUAA